CCUGAAUAAGCAGUCUAGAAAAAUGUGUUCACCCUGGUGACCUGGCUUUCAACUCUUCAUUUCAAGGUCUAAUGCUCUCUAGGUCUUUUCCUUACAUUAUCUUAUUCUUUCCUUUUUCCUUUUUUGACAGGAUACCAAGGCUGACGGUUUUAUAUAUCUACCUGAAUUCCGAAUUGACUUGGCUCCACACUGCAGAAGAAGCAAUGCUUUCCAAGCCUCCCAUGCAAGAAUCAAGAAUUUCUACUUUGCUGCUGAGUGUUCAGAUGAGAUGAAUUAUUGGGUUGGACAAAUGUUACUGUUAGCAUACGGUUCCUCCUUUGGAGAUGCAGCUGCCAAUGAAGAAUACAGACGUAUAGGUGCUAUCAUUUAUGCGAACUGUAUUUUGGCCCUGACAAGAGAAUUUCCUGUGAUUCGGUGUAACACUUGCCACCAUCCAACUACUAUUGUUUCCGUGAGUCCAACCUUCCAAUACAGACGUGCUCAAGACGUCUCUGAUGAGUUCAUCUACUUUCGUCCAAUUGACGCAGAAGUUCGGGAAGAGGCCAGAAAACAAAAACAUCAGAAAUCAACCAGGGCCUCUCAUCGACACACCAGAGAAGAACACAGUUGCCCACAAACCCCAAGAAAUCUGUGGCUGGAAUCUCCAGAAAAUGCAGAGUCCCAAGGAAGUGAUGACUUGGAUAUAGCAAGAAGCAUGUAUCCUUUUAGAGAAAGACCCAUCCUCCGGCGUUCCUGGGAAGAGCUCUUAGAGGCACCACUGAACAGUGAAGGACUCCACAUACUCCAAACUACUCCUAUAGAAGAGAGAGAGAUUGACUACCUCCAGCUGCCACCAGAGGAGGAGAAUCAAGCAACCACUUCGCUGAGGGCUCACCAUCUCCAAGCUUUGCAAGGACCUUUCCCACUGCUUCCUCAGCAUCUGAAGCUCCAGAGGCAGCGUAGUCACAGCUUGCCACAAUACAGUGAUGUCAGAAGCCGAAGACUAAAUGCACCUGAGUUAACAUUAAACCCAGAGGAGACAUGGUUCUUCUUCCCAAGUGAUCAUACUUUGCUUCCAGGAGAAAAUGCAAAGGAAAGUGACAGCAUUGAAGAGGUUUGGCAGAAGACCAUUUUGUCAACUUCGGGUGAACAUCCUCCUAUCGAUCCAAGUUUUGAGAAGUCUUCUGCAAUGAGGGAUAAAAUUGGAAUUCCUGGAGAUAAUACUAGACUUCCCAGGGGCAAUGUUAGAGUUUCCAGGAAUAAUGUCAUCAUCCCCCAGGUUAAUGUUGGAGUUCCCAUGGGUAAUGUUGGGGUUUCCAUGAAUAAUGCUAGGAUUCCCAUGGAUAAUACUGCAGUUACUUUGGAUAAUUCUAGAGUUCCCAGGGGCAGUGGUGGUGUUCCCAUGUGUAAUCCUGAAGUUCCUAGAGGCAAUGAUGGACUUCCCAGGGGCAGUGGUGUUGGAAUUCCCAUGGGUAGUGUUGAAACUCUCAGGAAUAAUGCUGGAACAUCCAGACGUAUUGUAGCCUCUCCACUUACUGAGCUCUCAAAGAUAGGUGAACACCGGGUAUAAAAACUGACACUUUACAAAGCAGUCCUGAUAUUUAAAGGAAUACACCAAGACACUAAACAUCAAAAUGGCAGUAUCAAAUGUUACGAUCUAAAAUAGGAAAUGAAAAAUCUAAAUUUGAAAUGUAUAAAUGAACAUACAAAUAUAUUUAUUAUGGAUGUCUUUUAUCAGAAUUUUUGGAACUAGAUUGGAGUCUACUUACUAGUUUAUUCUGAAUGACAACCCUUUAUUAACCUGUGGAAUAAUCUAGUUGGAGGGGAUGAGUUGUGGAGGAGUAAGACAUUUACUUCAUCAAGCCUAGAUUUCUAUUUAAUAAAGAGAUACAAUGUCUUUGUCUAUCACUAAACAAAGUAACAACUAAUCUCCAAAUGAUAUUGUACAUCUCAUAGUUACCAAAACGUCAGGUUUUCUUGGACAUUUUGAUGAGCAAAUGAAAGUGAUCUCAUAGUUAUCAAGUUUUCUGGAUGAGUCCAGCUUAAUGUCCAAGAAAUUUAUUUACUAAAAGUUAGGGAACAAGAAAAUUCAGCAGAAGAUUUUUGAAUGCAAUGCUUUUCUGAGAUGUCUAGAUAGGACCUAUGAAGAAAGCCCACUAACAAGAGUAUUUAAACAUACAUAUUUAUUUCUUGUGACACAUAUCUGUAAAUGUGACAAAACUGUAAAUAUUUACUGGAAGCCUUAAAAAUACAAGGAGACAAACUGUAGAACUGUAAAUAGAAUACAUGGUUGUGAUGUAAAUACUAUGGUAAGACAACACUAACAGCACCACAGGAUGCCUAAAAUAUUGCAUGCUAGAACAAUAUUUUUCUUUAGGAAAUUAAUUUUGUUUAUUCGUCCCAACUACUAAAUUAGUUUGACAUAAAAAUGCAGGAUAGAAGGGACAAUUAUUGAAAUAUUUUACUAAAUUACUGAAUAAGAUGCCUUUUUCAGAAAAAAAAAGAGGACCAAUUUUAAUUGUUCCAGAUGGUUAGUAUAGUAUUCAAAUCACACAAUCGUAGUUAUCUAUAAAAUUGGGUUUUCAAAAACAUUUAUUUCACAGAUCUCUGAAGAUAGAUAAGGUAAUGAGGCUCACUCCAUAAACUACAUGGGAAUCUCAUUACUUUCUGUUCAUACAUAACAUAAAUUGUGUCCAAAGUUUUAGGGCAUAUGGGCCAGCACUCAAUUUGUAUAUUUUAAUUUUCAAAUUUCCUGAAUAAUGGUAGCUGUUGUUUUUACAAAACUAAGGGUAAUUUAAAUUAUGGGUACCACCUAACCCCGUAUUGUGUGCCUUACCACAUAGUGCAAGGGGUGGUAGUCUGUGUUCUGAGGGAAAACUCUUGCCUACUCACAGGUUUUAUUUGGCAUUUGAGGAAGGAGGUAAAGAGGCUGGCUAGCCUCCCUCUUUCACUCUCUGCCGGUUCAGUUGGGUUAAUGAACCACGGCCUUGGCCUCAGAAGAAAAGGAAAAGUAGUGAGAUUUCUUUCUCCUACUUCUUCCAGCCCAGAAACUGGAGUACCAUUUCAGACUUGAGUAACCUGAAUCUUGUAUGGGGUGGCCAAACCACAGAAGUAAUGGAAGCAUACAAGCUGCCAUACUUCAGUUACUGCCAACCUGACAGAAAAAAACAAACUGACAGUUCACCUUGUUUAACUGAUAGUCUACUCUAUAUGCUCUCUUGUAACACUGACUUUGUGAAACAGAACUAUUGCAUUUCGACCUUCGAAGGGAACCCACCUUGCAAGUGCAAAAAGAGUAAGGUGGAAAAUUUUGAGAUGAAGUACUAAGAACUAGCAUUUACCAAACAGCAAGUGAAAAGAAAGACAGCAAACACAAUUAUAUUCAACUGUGUAUAACACUGAUACACAACUAAAGAUGGUCACUAAAACAAACCAAAACACCACCAUACCACCAUCAAGAAUAACAUAAAAAAUACCUGCUAUGUGAGUGUUAGUCUUCUUGCUUAUGACCCAUAUAAUUUUGGAUAUUGUGGUUAGUGUCUUAACAUUUAAAUAUAAAAAGUAUAUGUAAAA